UGCUCCCCACGCGGCCCGGCGGUCUCCCGGGCCAGCUGAGCAGCCGCACGGACGCUCCCCGUCGGCCGGCCUCUGCUGCUGGCUGGGCAGCCUCCAGCGUCUUGCUGUCGCCCUCCUCGCUCGGUCUUCCCCCAGCGCACGUUGCCAUGGGCAAGAGCAGGACGAAGCGCUUCAAGAGACCUCAGUUCUCCCCUACGGGCGACAGUCAGGGCGAGUUGGCAGCGGCGGAGAACGGGACUGAACAAGAAGACGAUGACGGGCCAGCGGCGGAGCUGCUAGAAAAGCUCCAGCACCCGAGCGCCGAGGUCCGCGAGUGCGCCUGCGCGGGGCUGGCCCGGCUGGUGCAGCAGCGUCCCGCACUCCCGGACCUGGCGCGGCGCGAUGCAGUGCGCCGCCUCGGGCCGCUGCUGCUGGACCCCAGCCUGGCGGUGAGGGAGACGGCGGCCGGAGCGCUCAGAAACCUCAGCGCUUGCGGAGGUUUUGAAGUGUGCGACGACAUGGUGACUAAGGACGUCAUGACGCCUCUGGUCGCGCUGCUUAGAGAGUGCAGUGCCGGACUGGAUUCCAGUGAGAUGUCGGCACAGAAGGACAAAGACCGGAGUGGCAGUUCUGUCGAGAACAUAGCCAACGAGGCUGUGAACGUGCUGUGGAAUGUGUGCGAAUGCAGUAGUAGAGCCGUAUCUAUAUUCAACAAAGAAGGCUGUCUGGAGAUUGUGAUCAAGUUUUUAAGUAGGUUUUCCACCAACGUUGACCUGGCUGUUUCAGUAGCCUACUGCUUGCAGACGGUCACGGAGGACAACCCGGAGCUGCUGAAGUCUUUCAGGGCCUCGGCCUUGCAGGUGCUGGAGUCGGCCAUGCUGGCCCCGGCCAGCUCCAUGGAGCACAUUCUGCUGAAGACACUGGUGGCAGGCACCGUGUGGAACCUGAAGGAGGCCAUUCCGUCCAAGAGCCAAGCAGAAGUCAUGCACGCUGUCCUGAGGAUCGUGUCUGAGGCGCUGGACGUGGACGCGGGGGAGGCGGUCAUUCGAUUGAAGCAGGCCGAAACGCAAAGGCUGCAGACGGCCUCAGAGACCGCGGAGGCCACCGAGGCCGCCGGUGGGGGCGGCGUGGCCACAGACAACGACGAGGACGAGAUGGGAGCGGCGCCGCGGGAGCGGAGGGGCAGGAGGGAGGCGUCCGUGUCCGAUUUCCUCCCGCCCACCGACCAGGAGCGGAGGGAGGCCGCAGCGCUGCUGACGGCCCAGCAGACGGCGCUGGAGAUCCUCGUCAACAUGUGCUGCAGCGAAGGCCCCUCGGACGACGAGGACGAGUGGGAGGAGGCGCUCUCCAGCAGCGACGAGAGCGAGGCGCUGGUGGAGGACGCCCUCUGUGAGGGCGCGGGGCAGCUGCUCUCCCCGCUCUGCCUCUCCCACGAGGUCCACGCCGCCCUCACCAGCUUCCUCCUCCCCCGGAAGGUGUUUGAGAAAACGGCCUUCCCGAACAGCGCUGCGGUGGGCCUGUGCUCCCGGAGCCCCGCUUGGAAACCUCUGGUCAGAAAAAUGAGCACCGUGCAGUGCCGAGCCCUCCUGUGCCUCCAGAGCCUGGUGUCCCUCCUGGAGGUGGAGCACCUGGGCGGAGCGCCGGCCCUGCAGGCACUGGCGCAGCACCUGUCCACGCUGCUCUUUUCCCAGCCAGAUUUUGCUCAGCACGUCGACUUUCUGGAAGCCAUAAGCAGCGCCUUGCGGGCCCUGUUGCAGACAAUGGCCUCCAAGAACAUCCCCCAGUGCAUGACCCCGGACCAGCUGAUGGUGCUGUGCAGGGCCGGCCUCCAGAGCGCCAGCGUGGGUGUCAGAGUGAACGUGGUCAGUAUCCUGGGAAUCACGGGCAGCGUCCUCGCCAAAGAAGACGGCACCCUGGAAACUCUCAAGGCCAUCGGGUGCUCCCUGCUGGAGGUCGCCACCAAGGACCCUUCGCUGGUGGUCGCUGGAGAGGCCCUGGACGCCCUGUUCGACGUGUUCGCCGACGGCCGAGAGGCCGCGAGGGCCUGCGUGCAGAUCCGCCUGCUGCCCGCCCUGCGAGAGCUCCAGCCCGUCUUCAGGAUGAAGAUACGGAAAGAAGGGAGAGGCCAGUACAGCCCCGACCAGCUGCGCGUGCUCGACAACGUGAAGACGAACCUGAGGAGGUUCGUAGCUUAUCAGGAAGCCGUUCAGCAGGGACCGACCGCGGAGCCCCCCGAGCCGCUGCGGGAGGGCGCGGCCCUUGCCCCCGAGCGGGCGCGCUUCGGAGAGCCGUCGUCUAAUGCCUCUGCCCUGAGUGUUGAUUCGAGGUUCUAAGAACUUCAGAACCGGUCGGAAACACUUCCUUAGGCUCUGGGAUCCGAGUGCCUUUCAGGUGCUCUCGAAAUUCACGUUCCCCGCACGUUCCAGUCGAGGAGACACGAGGAGCAGAGACACAGCGGGGUCUCAGGGGGUUCUCGAGAGCGGUGGGGAACUUCUAACCAAUCGUAUUUUUCUGAAAUUUUGCCCCCCCCAAAAAAAGAGGAAGUCUAAAGUAUUUAUUGCUUGGAUACUCUUUUAGGUCAAUAUCAUUUUAUAUUAGCUGAAUUUUUAACUGAACGAUGAAGACAACUUUAUGAAAUUAAACAUGUGUCAAUCAUGUUUCCCUUCUACAAAGCGAUGAAUUUGCGUUUCAUCGUGGAGUGAAAUACACCAACGGGCUGCCAAAGCCACGGCCGCGCUCUGGGGGGGCCGCUCCGGCGUGUUGCUUUGUAAGCUCCCUCCUGUUGCAUUUGAUACGGAAUCAGAGUUGGGAGGGGAUAUUUUUAAAUAAAAAUAACUAU